CAGAUAUUGUGUCCAUAAAUUGAUUAAAUUGUUUUUUUUGUUGUUGUUGUUCAACUAAAUUGAUUGAUUAGAUGUGCGGUUGGUUUAGCUACCUGUGCUGUUCAUAUUGUUGUUGCUGUUGUAGUGGUUGUUGUGGUGGUAAUGUAGAAGACGCUGAGGACAUCCGAAAAAGACAAAAACGAAAACAACGUAUCACUGAAUUGAUUAGCAAACAGAUGUCGGGCGUAAACAAUCGGACAACAGUGGCCGUCGAUCGCCAAUCAAUAGUCAAUGCAGCGUCGAGUCCGUCAAAUCUAUUGACUGCCGAACUGACCGUCAUGUACGACAUACCCGACAAACAGUACAGGACGGUCAACGAUAUUAUCGAUGCACACGGUUUCCAGUUGUUCAGCGAUCAAGUAGUCGGAUCGGGCGGUGCCGGUACUGUCUACAGGGGCCGUAUGAAACAGACUAACCAAUUGGUAGCUGUAAAAGUGGUCAACAUUAGCGGCAAACUAUACGAAAAUUUGAAAACCGAUGCCAAAAACGAACUGUUUGUCCUCCAGAAGACAUCCCAUCCAUAUAUAGUGAAAAUAUAUUCGCAUUUUAUUGUCAAAGACCGCAUCCGUAACAGUAUUGUCGUCUAUAUCUUUAUGUCGUUGGCCGAGAAUCGGUCGCUAUCGGAAUACGUACGGCGAUUGGACCGCGGUAUGGAUGAACCGCGAGCCCGACGAUUGUUUGCCCAAAUAGUAUCGGCAUUGAGCCAAAUGCAUAGCCUCGGUAUAGCUCAUCGGGAUCUGAAAAUGGGUAACAUAUUGUUGGACUCAGAUAUGAAUGCCGUAGUAACCGAUUUUGGUCUCAGUCGAGUCGACUUUCGUAAGUCGAAAGGCGGUUUGAUAAUGUCGACCAAAUUUAUGGGUACCGUUCCCUAUAUGGCACCGGAAAUCUUGGCUGUUAAAUUGAAAUUGAAAAAACUAUAUAACCCAUUCCUGGCGGAUAUCUGGUCGCUGGGUAUUAUACUAUGGCUAAUAGUUAACCGACACUAUCCGUUUGGCGGCGAAAUAGAGACACCGAAAGGUGGUCCCGAAGAACACCAAUGUUUGAAACAGGUAUUAGACAGACAGCGCCGGUCCGUACAACCGAUUAACCGAUACGAYCCUCGUCGACAACCSCGGAGUUCAAAGAUAUUGUUCGCCGAUUGUUUUCAUACGAACCGGACAGUCGUAUAUCGAUGGGCGAACUGUGCGCUCAUCCGUGGAUUAGGYCCGAAAUGGACACAAUUAAGUCGAAAUUUGGUCAACAAGUUAUCAAUAAGUUUUUCAAUUAAUUAA